AUGAGGUGGCUUACUUCACUUUCGGCUCUAUGGCUGGCUGCGACCGCCAAAGCAGCCGUCAGCCACGACGACGACGGCAACAUUCGAAGCAUCGCGCUGCGAACCCAUACGCUACAGCAGCCCUACCUUGACUCGGACAUGGCUAGUCGGUGGUAUGACUUUGGAGGCGACGCCAUUGUCCGAACAGAUUCAUACAUUCGCUUAACAUCGAAUCAACCCUCUCAAAACGGCUGGCUGUUCUCUCGAGUACCCCUGACUGCCACAAACUGGGAAAUCGAGGUCGAGUUCAAGAUUCACGGGAAAAACCAGCUUUAUGGCGAUGGCUUCGCUAUGUGGCUGACGAAAGAGCGCGGGAAGCUCGGCCCGGUGUUUGGACACUCUGACGAAUUUGAGGGAUUGGGCAUCUUUGUGGACACGUACAAGAACAACCGCCCUGGUGUUGUGUUCCCCUACGUCAUGGCCAUGGUCGGCGACGGCAAGACCAGCUACAACAAGAACAACGAUGGAAAGGACGCCGAGUUCGCGGGAUGUUCCGCUCGCGGUAUCCGACACUCAAGUGUACCCACCAAGCUCCGGUUAACCUACUUCCAGGACAAGUCCCUGAAGUUGGAAUUGCAGUACAAGAAGGAAGACGACUGGGCCCUCUGCUUUGAGACCAAUGAGCCGCCCUCUAUUCCUUCCGUCACUUACCUCGGAUUCAGCGCCGAGACUGGCGAACUGAGUGACAAUCACGACAUCAUUUCCGUCAAGGCCAAGAAUCUCUACACUCCUGGCGGUCAGUCUGGCAAGUCGUCACCGGGCAGCGGUGGUCAGCGCAACCGAAACAAGAGUUCCGGCCCCAAGAAGAGCAGCGGUGGCUGGGGAUGGUUCCUGUUCAAGUUCCUGGCCUUUGGCAUGGUUGUCGCUGGUGCCUACGUCGGCUGGACUGCUUACCGCACCAGCAAGCAGAGAACACACAGAUUCUAG